UCCGGUUUAUAUAUUACACGUUUGACAAGUGAGAGAAGAAUGAUUUCUUGCAUAAUUAAAAUGUUUGACGAUGUCAACUUGCAAAGAUGAAGACGAAAAUAGUUUAGAAACCGGCGAUCUUGGUCUUGGAUUUGGGUUAAAACCAGGAUCUCUUCCCAUCUUAGAUGCAUUGCGUACAAAUAAAAUUGAUAGUAGAAAGCACCAAAAGGAAACUAUAGAUUUUUCAGCAAUAGCAGCUAAACCAUUGGUCCCAACAAACCAGAGUCAAUAUUCAAGAAUUGAAAAACUGCGUGGUAAAAACAGAAUUUCAAAAGUCGACAUUGGUGGAAAAAGAAGUUCCUGUCCAAAUACUAGUAAAAUGAAUUUUGGAAAGAAUCAGGAGGAAGAUUGUACAACAGAAGUAAAAGAAACUCCCACAGUAAAUAGAGAUGACUUUUUGAAAAAGUUAAUGGAAGCUGAGCAGGAAGUUGAAGAGCUUAAAACAGAACUAGAAGUUUAUGAAAAGAGACUGGAAUCCAAGUACAGAGCUAUCGCAAUCUUGAGGAAACAGAUUUAUUCAAGUGAAGAGAGUAUUGAUGCUUGUGAAAAGAAAAGCAGGCAGUAUGAAGAGACCCUAGAAAGAGAAGUGAACACACUAAAUUUCGAGUUGGGAAAAAGGGAGACAACUUUUGAAAAUAGUCAGCAGAUGUGGGCAGUAAGAUUUGACAGUAUUUGUAAAGAGAAUGUCUCUUUAACAGCUGAACUUGAUCACAAAUCUUUAGAAUUGAGGGAAAUAAAGGCUCAAAAAAUGGCAUUGAGCAGAGAGCGUGAUGAGUUGUUGGCCUUAUUAGACGUGAAGGAGAGAGGACGUUAUAUGAGGUCACGCAGCAUGUCAGAUGAUGAGGCUUACAGCGAGUAUAGCUCUACUGAGCUGGCAGUUCUAGGAGCUUGUAAAUGUAGAGUUACCUCCCCUGAGCCCUGCGGUUGUGCACACGCUGCUGCAGCCUUGAGAAGAGAACUGUGUAAACUAAAGGAACAGUAUGAAACUCAGUUAAAGAGAAGAGAUGAAGCUGCGCAGACAGUAGAUGCUUACAGGUCAGCAUUCGAGGAACAGCUCUAUAAAAACAAACAACUUAUGUUACAGUUGGCUGAACUAGCAAUUACUGGACCAUCAAAAUAUGAAAAGGCAAAGGUCAUUCUCAAAAAUCUUAUCCACCUUUUGAAUGAUGAUGACUACCUUUGUGAAAUAACCAACCAGAGGCAGAAUGUCUACAGUAUUAAUGGAAAUUCAAAGCCCGGAAAGAUAGAGGUGGACAGUCAGUCAGAACCAGUUAUGACUGAUAAAGACUUAGUUAUGGCACUUACAGAGAUAUUACACCAAAGAAAUGAAGCAUUCGCCCACAAGAAGCUUGCUGCUCAGGUGCUGAGUGACCGAGUAAAAGAACUGGAGACUCAGCUCAGUAAUUAUCAGGGGGAGGAACAUGAAGAAACAUUUUCCUGAUCAUUGAAAGUCAGAGAUACAGAGCUAAUUUCGCUGAAAAGAUUAAGGUUCAUUUAUUUUAAGGCACCAGUGUGAAGGUCAACAAACAAGAUGUUUGAAAGGGGGGGUCGUUUUUUUUUUUUCAACUAGAAAGUCGAAAGACUUGUACAUGUAUAUGCACAUACAUGUAUAUCAUGCAGUUAUAUUUUUCUUAGUAAAAAGUUUUGAAGGAGAUUGAUAAGAGGAAAAUUGCCCAUUUUUUUCUCUCACUGAACCAAGAAACCAGUCUUACGUUCCAGAAGUUCCGGUUGGGUGAUAUUCAUAAAAAGUACCAUACAAAGAUCUCAGUUUCUCACUUUUACAGAUACUUUGAAUGCAGAUACUUUUUGUCAUUAUAUACAUAUAAAGAAGAUGAUGAAAUAAAAAUUAUUCAGAUAAUGGCUUUUGCACAUAUUAAAUUGCACAUCCACUGAAAACAAUAAGUUCAGUCAAAGUUCAUAUCACUUGUUAAAAGCAUUGCACAUAAUAUUUUAACAUGGCUGUGUGCUUAUGAAGUUUGCUGUGAUAUUGCAUAACAAAUUUAAAUUUGACAUUUGACAGUUUUGAAAUGGUGCAAUUUAUUUUUCAUGGAAAUUGUGUAGAAUGACACAUAAAAGUUACAAUCCAGACCUUGGGUCAUGCAUAGUAAAACCUGAUAGAAAGAAAAGAGAUAGUUUUUAUGAAUAUACAUGUACGGUUGAAUUUUGUUAUCUCAAACAACAAUAAUUUGAAUACUAGGGAUAUGUCGAAGUGAGAUGGCAGUCCCAACCACUUAUUCUUAAUGUUUUUUUACCCCCGCUAUUUUGAAUUAUUCAAUAUCUCUAAGUUAAAUCUUGAUCCCAUUGAGUUUGAGAAAACCAGGUUUGACUGAAAUGGUACAUUUAUCUGUUGUAAAUGGUAUGCAUCAAAUUGUUUCAAGGACAGUUAAAUUACAUGUAUGUGUUGGUUUGUGCAGUAUUUCAUGAAUCAAAUUUGUUAUAAUAAGUACCACAUAUUUUGAUAUAAAUCAAGCUUUUAAAAAAAAAAAUUACAUGUGAAUAUUUUAUUUUCAUUGUGUGCAUUUCAAUCAUUAUUUAAAAAUCAUGUAUUUCAUUAUUUUUUUUUUAAU